GGAAGAUGGCGGCGGCGGGCCGGUGGCGGGCCGGGUUGGCCCUGCUGGCCGUGGCGCUGGGGCUCGGCGGGUCGGGGGCCGAGCAGACCGAGGAGCACCUCAAACGCGAGCACUCGCUGUCCAAGCCGUACCAGGGUGUGGGCUCGGCCAGCUCGGGGCUGUGGGACCUGCUGGGCAACGCCAUGGUCAUGACCCAGUUCAUCCGCCUGACCCCUGACGUGCAGAGCAAGCAGGGAGCCGUGUGGAACCGAGUGCCGUGCUACCUGCGGGACUGGGAGAUGCAGGUGCACUUCAAAAUCCACGGGCAAGGCAAGAAGAACCUGAACGGUGACGGCUUUGCCAUCUGGUACACCAAGGACAGGAUGCAGCCRGGGCCUGUGUUUGGGAGCAAGGACAACUUCCUGGGGCUGGGGGUGUUCGUGGACACGUAUCCCAAUGAGGAGAAGCAGCAGGAGCGUGUGUUCCCCUACAUCUCGGCCAUGGUGAACAACGGCUCGCUGACGUACGACCACGACCGCGACGGGCGCCCCACGGAGCUGGGCGGCUGCACGGCCCUGGUGCGCAACCUCAACCACGACACCUUCCUGGUCAUCCGCUACGUCAAGAGGAGGCUCACGGUGCUGAUCGACAUCGACGGCAAACACGAGUGGAGGGACUGCAUCGACGUGCCGGGUGUGCGCCUGCCCCGUGGCUACUACUUUGGGACAUCAUCUGUCACCGGGGACCUGUCAGACAACCACGACAUCAUCUCGCUGAAGCUGUACCAGCUGACGGUGGAGCGGACGCCGGAGGAGGAGAAGCGGGACAGGGAGGUGUUCCUGCCCGUGGUGGACAACCUGAAACUGCCCGGGAGUGAGUGGGGUGGGAAGGGGGA